GUGAUGAUAAAAAGCCAGCCUUCAGCCAGAGAACCGUUUACUCGCCGCUGCGCCCAUCUAUCAGCGGGCUCCGGGCAGGAAGAUUGCUUCUCUUCUCUCCUCCAAGGUGCGGUGACGGAGCCUGCGCGCGGCGCCACCAUGCGGCAGAAGGCGGUAUCGCUUUUCUUGUGCUACUUGCUGCUCUUCACCUGCAGCGGAGUGGAGGCAGGCAAGAAAAAGAGCUCGGAGGACAGCGGCUCCGGGUUCUGGAACGCCCUGACCUACAUGGCGGUCGGAGGAGGACUCGCGGUUGCCGCGCUGCCGGCGCUGGGCUUCACCGGCGCGGGCAUCGCGGCCAACUCGAUGGCUGCCUCGCUGAUGAGCUGGUCUGCGAUCGCGAACGGGGGCGGUGUGCCCGCUGGGGGUCUGGUGGCCACGCUGCAGAGCCUCGGGGCUGGUGGCAGCAGCGUCGUCUUGGGAAAGAUUGGUGCCCUGCUGGGCUAUGCUACACACAAGUACGUAGAUAGCAAGGAGGCAGAGGAUGAGGAGUAGCCAGCAGCUCCCAGGACCUCUUCUUCCUCCUUGCCCUAACUCUGCCAGUUAGUAUCUAGAACUUUCCCUAGAACUCACAAAUGGGGGUCUCACUAUGUUGUCCAGGCUAGAGUGCAGUGACUAUUCACAGAUGCAAUCAUAGCGCACUGCAGCCUCCAACUCCUCGCCUCAAGCGAUCCUCCUGCCUCAACCUCCCAAGUAGGAUUACAAGCAUGUACUGACCACCCAGAAUCUAGAAUUUUCUCUGUCACUCUCCCCAAAACUAGAUGAGAAAACAGAAUAAAGUUAUCCCAGAAAACACUU